AUGCGUUCGCAUACUGCUACGGCGCUUGCUGGUCUAGUGUUGCUGGCUGCUUCGGCUAGCGGACAAGACCUUGCGUCUUUGCCCCCCUGUGGUCAAACCUGCGUCAAUAGUGUGAUUGCAAGUGGCCUCUCUUGUGACUCGGGCGAUACAAAAUGUCUAUGCGCCAAUGACAACUUCAAAUUCGGCCUCAACGACUGCGGAAAGCAAGCAUGUGACGAGGCCGUCGCGCAACAACUUGUUACGUAUGCAGAGUCGCUCUGUGCAGCAGCACCUCCUGAGCAGACGACAGCGGCUACUGCAGCUCCUGAGACUACGCCGUCUGCCCCAGCUGAGCAAUUGACUUCGGCCACAGCCACGCCGUCGCCAUCUACAACCCCCGAGGCCGUCACCUCAUUGACUACCACUCAACAGCAGUCGCCCACUCCAUCAACCGAAGAGCAAACAGUAGAAGGAACAACGACAGUCUCUUCAGCGGCGACCUCAACGUCAUCUUUCAGUAGUGCCUCUGCAAUCACUGAGGCGCCGACGACGCCGGUGCAAAGUUCAACCCUCAUUGUUGCCUCGCCCUCUGCUAAGAAGGUGACUUCGGAUUCACAAACAUCGUCUUCAGAGCCACCCGCUGUACCAACCAGCGCCAGUGGAGAUGGUGAGAAAUCAAGUAAUGCUAGUGGUGUUGCAGACAACGAAGAUGAAAACACAGAGCCAGCAGCUGCAAGCGCUCUUUCGACCACAGCAAAAAUUGGAAUAGCCGUUGGUGCAGGUGUGGGAGGUCUCGGUAUUCUGUUAGCUGUUUUCUUGACACUGCGACGACGACCAAGCAAGCGUGCUCUUCAGAUUUCUGACCCAAUGCCUGGCUCUGGACGAGACUAUUCCGGUGGCAUUCAAUACAUAUCCGAGAAGAAUCACUCGGAGCUUGAGAUGAAUUCGAGGAGGUAUGAGGACAUGGUGCCUCGUCAGACGCCCCGUCAUAUGAUUUAG